GAAAGCUUAUGCUCUAAUAAAUUUGUUAGUCGCUAGAGAUCUUGUAGGUGCUUGUCUCUGUCUGAGGGAUUGGAGCAAAUGUGGUUGUAUCUUAGGGCUUGGCUGUAGACAAUGGAUCGUGUGAUGUGGUCUGGAUGGAAGCUGGAGGCUUGUAGGUACGUAUAGUGGUCAGUAGGUUUCCGGUAUAGGGUGGUGGUUAUGGGACCAUCGUUUAUUAGCUUAUUAUUAUUAUUGCUGUGAUUCCUGCUAUUAGGGAUCAUCUCUCACAAUGGUUGGCUUGCCUAGGUGACAAGAUAGAGCACCCCAAGGGAACUGUCUGUGAUAGGGUGACCAGAUAGCAAAUGUGAAAAAUGGGGACAGGGGGUGGGGGGUAAUAGGACCCUUUAUAAGAAAAAGACCCAAAAAUCGGGACUGUCCCUAUAAAAUCGGGACAUCUGGUCACCCUAGUCUGUGACUCUAUGGCCUGUCUAGACUGGCAAGUUUCUGUGCAGUAAAGCAGCUUUCUGCAAGUCCCGAGGUGCACACACUGACAAGGCACUUAGUGCGCAGAAACUGCACAGUUGCAGCGUUCAAAAAACCCAGCCUGACGAGAGGCGUACAACUUUCUGCGCCGGGGCUACAGUGCUGCGGUGCCAGUGUAGACACCAUGGCGAUUACAGCGCUGCAAUUGGCCUCCGGGAGGUGUCCCACAAUGCCUGUUCUCACCUCUCUGGCCACCCAUUUGAACUCUACUGCCCUGCCCACAGGUGACCAACCGUCAGCCCCAACCCCUACAUUCCUUUUGAAAUUUGAAAGUCCCCUCCCUUGCUUGCUGAUGCGUCUCAGCGCAUCUUUCCAGGUGGCCAUGCCUGCUCCACGCACCAGGCGAUCCUCCGCUUGGAGCAAUGCUGAUCUGCUGGACAUCAUCGGCAUUUGGGGAGAGGAGGCUGUCCAGUCCCAGCUGCGCUCCAGCCGUAGGAAUUAUGACACCUAUGGACAGAUUUCACGAUGCAUGACAGAAAGGGGCCAUGACUGGGACACAUUGCAGUGCAGAGUGAAAGUGAAGGAGCUGCGGAACACCUACCACAAGGCGCGGGAGGCAAACCGCCGCUCCGGUGCUGUGCCCACGAGCUGCCGGUUCUACAAAGAGCUGGACGUGAUACUCGGCGGUGACCCCACCUCCACUGCGAAGACCCCUGUGGAUACUUUGGUGGCUCGUGUGCCAGUCGAGAGUGGACCGAGCCAGGAGGAGGAAAUCUUGGACGAAGAGGGGGAGGGGGACCCAGAAGCAGAGGAUGACUCGGAGGUCAGAGAUGAAUGCAGCCAGGAGCUCUUUUCUACCCAGGAGGAGGCUAGCCAAUCACAGCAGUCGGAUCUUGGCGGAGGGCAAACAGGAGAGGAGGCCCCUGAGGUGACCCUGGGAGCCCAGCCUCCCUCUUUGUUAUCGGCGGCUGAACAGCUGCGCAGAAUUAGAAAGCGACCAAGAAGAACUAAGGAGGACUUUCUGCGUGAGGUUAUGAUGCACUAAGAAACAGGAACUGAAGGAGUGGUGGGACAGCGAGAAGAGGGACCGAAAGGAGAAUGCUGCGCACCAGAAUGAAGCCACGGAGCGGCUCUUAAAGUUUAUGGAGCACCAAGCGGACACGCUCCAGGUGUUACUAGCUCUUCAAACCGAGCAGCUCCAUGCUCGCCCUUGCCGGCAGCCACGGUCGCAAAACUCUUUCCCAUGUCCCUCCCCCCCCCACCCAUCACACUGUUAUCAACCUCCUGGCUCCAGUCUAUACCCGUGACAUUCCACUCCUCCCCCUUCACAGGCCAGCACUGUGGACUCCCACUACCCACUGCACUCAACACCCAUCCCUCUGCAGCUUGGCCCUGCUGAAGUACAGUACCCGCUGCAUUGUAUUCCAAAGGAGAAGGCUGGAUAUGAUCCCUGGACAUACACAAAUCUUUAGCCAUCCUGGGACGACGACUCCUCCUGGGACCUUCCCUUCCCGAUCCCCCUCCCUGCUGAUGUUUUUUUUUUUUGUUUGAGUCUCUCCUCCGGUUGUUGUCUUUUAAUAAAAGAUUUGUGUUGGUUUGAAAGCAA